AAGGUUUCUCUGUCGUUCCCCAUUCAUGGCUUUGUCUACAUCAUCUCGCCAAUUAAAUGUGGAAGAGGAUGUUAUCGGUGAAAUGUUGUAUCAAGGAGAAAAGAAACGAUCAUCUUCGUCCCAUAAACUUUAUGAUGUUUUCAUUAACCACCGUGGCCCUGAUGUCAAAGAAACCCUGGCUCUUCAACUCUAUAAUAGUCUUGAAAUGGUGGGAAUCCGAGCGUUUCUUGAUUGCAAAGAGAUGGAGUUGGGUGAUUUGUUUCCUUCAACAAUUCAGGAUGCCAUUUACUCUGCAUCGGUACAAAUUGCCAUUUUCUCUAGAAGAUAUGCCGAGUCCGUUUGGUGUUUAGCGGAGCUUACUCUGAUGUUACAAACUAAAAGAAAAAUUAUUCCAAUAUUCUAUGAUGUUCCACCUUCCCACCUCAGAUACGUAGAAAAGGGAGCGUAUGCUGAUUCAUUCAAUUACCACACACAGAAGCGCAGGUAUCUCGACAAACUUGACAGCUGGAAAGGAGCUCUCCGUUGUGUUUCAUAUAUCUCUGGUUGCGAAUUCAAUCCAAAUAACGACAAUCUUGAAACACUAUGUAAAACUGUAGUGUCCACUGUCCGAAGAGAGGUAGAAAAGACAAGAACUUUAGAAGUUGCAAGGUACCCGAUUGGAAUUGAAGAAUUGGUUGAAGAAUUUGAAAGGACUGCAUGCUGGGAGAAGAUGGACGAAAAGCAUAGAGUGAUUGGCAUCUAUGGUAUGGGUGGGUCUGGUAAGACCACCCUAGUUAAAGAAUUGUUCAACCAAAAGCGUUCAGAAUUCAGUGGAUCAUGUUUUUUGUUUGAGGUGCGAGAAGCAGCGUGUAACGGUAAAUUGACUUCUCUUCAAAGAAAGCUUCUUAGGGAUCUGGUGCAGGAAAAUCGUGAGUUUGACAGUAUUCCUGAAGGAUGGAGCUAUCUGAGGUCUCGCCUGGCGAGCAACCCUUUUGUGAGCUUCUUAAUUGUUAUAGAUGAUAUAGAUCACUUGGACCAGUUGAAUGCCUUACUGGUUAGGGAUCUUUCUCGAAGUUUAAUAAUUGUCACAACCCGUGAUGAGAGAGUUCUGAUAAAAGCAGGAAUUAAUUCUUGCUAUAAGAUGAAAGAAAUGAAUGUCCAUCAUAGCACAGAGCUUUUCUGUUGUCACGCCUUCCACCAGCCAUACCCAACCAGAGGAUAUGAAGAUUUGGUUGAAAGCUUCGUGAAAGAGUGUGGGGGUCUGCCUCUGUCUCUGCAGGUGUUGGGUGGACUUGUUUUUGGAAGUACUGAUAAGCAUUAUUGGAAACUAGCAUUGGAUAAGGUGAGGAAAACUCUACCCCAAGAUAUAAUGCAGACGCUUAGAAUAAGCUUUGAUUCCCUUGAUGCUGAGCAAAAGCAGGUAUUUAUGGACGUUGCCUGCUUUUUCGUCAACAAAUCUCGCCAUAUGGCUUUAAGAAUAUGGGAAGCAUCAGGGUGGAGGGCUGAGCACACACUUCAGAUCUUAAUUGAUAAGUGUCUUGUUGAAGUUCAAGUGGGAAGGACUUACUGGAAUGGAUUUGACUCCGAAAACAUUCAUCUUUUGAGAAUGCAUAACCAUAUCCAAGAUCUCGGCAGAGAAAUUGCAGCUGAAUUGAGCAGUCCUGGUCGACUAUGGCGUUGGCAGAAUCUUCGUUCUCAGGAAGAAAAGGGAUUCGAGAACAUACUUGCUGGAAUCAAUGGUCGUAGUUUCAGGUGUCUCAAUUCCAUUUUUGACCAGCACAACGCUCUUCAAUUCAGAUAUUUUGUAGGUAAUUUAAAUGACUGUGAGGGUCCAACAACUGCUUUGCUUUGGCUUGAACUUGACUUAAGUAUGUUGGAAAAACUGGAUGAACAUGAAAAUAUUGAAGGAGAAGAAGUUAUGUCAAUCAUGCCUUCAUCAAUCACUAUUCCUUCAUGGAUUCCUCUCCAAAGUUUGCACUAUUUAAAAAUUUCCCAUGGAUGUUUCCGAAGUUUGUGGCAGAGUGAUCGGCAGGUCCCUUCUCAAUUAAAAGAGCUUGUGCUUGAGGGAACAAACUUGGAAGAGUUUCCAAAAUCACUGGGAGUGUUAAGUCAUUUAGAGAAUCUAGUCCUCGCAGGAAGAGAAGAAUGGAACGGAACAGAAUGGAAUAAUUCCAUGAAAAUUGAUGGGACAUUAUUCACAAACUCUCUUAGAAAACUCACUAAUCUUGAAAGUUUGGUUUUGAGGGAUUUCACAUUAUAUGGGGAAUUGAGUUUGGAGACUAGCAUGGAGUCAACUUCUCUUGGGGCUCGAAUUGUCAACCUUGAAAAAUUAGAUAUAAGGAAUGUAAAACUUAUAUCUAAGGUUUCAAUUAGUGGACAAUACCUUCGCAGCCUUAAAUCUAUCCAUCUCAUGUCCUUGGAAAGUUUAUUACAAGUGUAUUUAGGAUUCACAGCCACACAUAACUAUCUGAAGGAUGGAAAAUCAAACACAAGAGUAGAAGAGUUUCCAAGUUCUGCACGUCUGGGCUUAGAGAGAAUCACCAUUGAUGGAUGUUCGAAGUUGCAGAAGAUCAAAGGUAUUGAAGAAUUGCAAGGACUGAAAUAUCUACAUCUUUCAGUUGGCGCUGUAGCUAUAAGGGGAUGUAUUCAAAUGUGGCAGAGAAUACCAUCAGGGGUUACUAGUUUUGUUUGGGAAUCAAAGGUUGAUUUGGGCAGCAUUCUACUACAACUCAAGCUGUUAUCUUCUCUUGUUGGGCGAGAUGGCACAGUUACUGAAAUUCGUAGUGAUCCCAAGGCAGAGUUAUUGGUUGCUGUGACAGAGAACACAAGCGCAAUUAUCAUGUUUAUAUUAGUUGAAAGUAUAAAUAAAGAGAAAGAUUCCCGCAAUUUUUUGAAGAUUCCUCCUGUGGACUGGAUGGUGACUUGUAUAGGAAGAGGAAAAUAUAUUGCUACCGUUGUAGUCACUGAAGAAGAAAAAAUAAUCAAGAUGCGAUAUGGAAUAUCUAAUUGGAUUCCGACUGUGUCAGAUGGUGCAGUAAGAAAGGGCUUUAUAAUGACCAUCGAGAAUAGGGGCGAAUGGAAAAUCCUACCAUUACUCCAACAUUUUGUUCUCAGGUUUGCUGCUUCUUCUAAAUUUGUAACUCGAAUUUGGUAGCUUUCAUGAAUGGUAUUUUUUGAUGCAUGUGUUUUAUUUGUUUUUAGGACAUAAACUGAUCCCGCGUGCUAAAUGCAUGAAAAGAUAAAGUUGCAAACUGUUUUAUUUAGAGGCUGUGUGUUGUUUAAGAAAGUAAGAAAGAAAAAACAAAGUGUUUUUUCUGUAAUGAAUGAGUAGAAGCUUAUAAUAUUGUUAUCAGAAUUCAAUUGUGUAGUUUUCGAGUUAAACUCAUUGAUCUAUGUUUUAUGAGUAGUUCAUAAGAACCUAUCUUUUAUGAAAAUGAAUGAUUCACUUAACAUUCAUUACAUCUAGAUGAUGUUCAUAUAAUAGAAACUAAUUGAAAACCCCCUCUAUAUAAAAACAUACAAUGUAAACUAUUUUAAAAGUUGAAUAAAAGAUAUUGAUGUAGCAAUUUGUGUUUAUUGCCCGAGUUUUAUAUUCUUCAUUUGAUACUAGAACAGGAAGAUCGGAAUAAAGUUAUAAUGAAGAAGAUGAUCAACUGAAGAAAGACAUCGUCUGCAAGAGGAUCGUGGUAGUUUUGAAGUUUGCAAACAAGUUUUAAAAAAGACGCAGUAUUCUCAGGAGGAGGAGAUCGUGGAUUUAGUGUUCUCGGUCAAUCACCGGUGAAGGAAAAAUAUUUGAUCGCAGUUUGUUGUGUGAAGCAGUUCAUUCGAAAGGUCUUCGCAUUUUAUGGAGCUCGCCCAGCUACUGUAGUAAAUCAAAGUGCAUUUAUAGCCGCUACAAAAGAUCCGUUGAAAACUCUGUGAGAGCAUUGUAAUAUCUGUGCUAGUUGGCAUUUUAUUUUA